CCCUACACGUGUGGGGAAUGCGGGAAGAGCUUCAGGCAGAGCUCCAACCUCCACAUCCACCAGCAUAUCCACACUGGGGAACGGCCCUAUGUGUGUAGGGAAUGUGGGAAGAGCUUCAGUGACAGCUCCACCCUCCACACCCACCAACGCAUCCAUACCGGGGAACGGCCCUACAAGUGUGGGGAAUGUGGGAAGAGCUUCACUGACAACUCCUCCCUUCACUCCCACCAACGCAUCCACACUGGGGAACGGCCCUACAAGUGCUUGGAAUGUGGGAAGAGCUUCAGGAAGAGCUCCCACCUCCUCAGCCACCAGCACAUCCACAGUGGGGAACGUCCAUACAUAUGUGAGGAUUGUGGAAAGUGCUUCAGACAGAGCUCCCACCUGAUCGGACACCAGCGCAUCCACACUGGGGAACGGCCCUACACAUGUAGGGUAUGUGGGAAGAGCUUCAGGGACAGCUCCAGCCUGAUCCGACACCAGCGCAUCCACACUGGGGAAAGACCCUACUGGUGUGGGGAAUGUGGGAAUAGUUUCAGGGACAGCUCUGACCUGAUCCGACACCAGCGCAUCCACUCUGGGGAACAGCCCUACAUGUGCUUGGAAUGUGGGAAGAGGUUUCAGACCAGCUCCAAUCUCCUUGUGCACCAGCGGACACACACGGAUGAGAGGCCCUUCCGCUGCACCGACUGCGGGAAGGGCUUCAACCGCAACUCCCACCUCAUCACCCACCGGCACAUCCACACCGGUGAGAGGCCCUACAAGUGUGGGGAGUGUGGGAAGAGCUUCUCCCACAGCUCAACCUUGAACAGACACCAACAGACCCACCAGUAAGGGAAGCCCUACAAUUGCCCCGACUGUGGGAAGAGCUUCAGCCGCUGCUUCCACCCUGAAUAAACCCCUGAUGUUGAGGCAACCCCUGGAGUCCAGUGACUGUCAGUCCAUCCCUUUCAACCCCUUUCACAGGGGUAGGUUCUUCCAACAGAACCCUUCUUGGGGGUGUGUGGAGUUUCCUGCCUUGGCUGGGGCCCCACCAAGGUCACUGCUGGAGGGGGAGUUACAUCCAUCUCAAAUUAAGAACUAUUGCUUUUAAGCCAAACUUAGUAGAAUUUCUUCAACAAUUUCUUUAGGGUAGAACACUGUCUUAUCUUAUCCUGUACUCCUGGUAGUUUUAGUGUUUGUAUUGUGCAGUAAAUAAUUCUGAUGAAGAUCCUUUGUUUGAUCAUUUGGAACCCUAAAUAAAUUCCUUUUUA